AUGUUUAGAUCAGAGGAUCAGGAACUUUAUGUGAAAGACAACGAAAAUGAGGAAACCAUCACGCUACAAGAUAUAUCAUCACAGAAGGAAGAGCCCGACAACCCAACUGAUGACGAAACCCCUUUAUUGCCGAAUAGUUCACGUGAAGGUUCUACCAUAAUAGAAGACAAUGCAAUAAAUGAUGAGCUAAAAAAACCACGAGAAGGUGGAACUCUUUUUUCUAGCUUUUUAAACAUGGCUAAUAGUAUUAUUGGAGCUG